CAGCGACUGUCCCUACUAAGCAAUUACCGCGAAACGCCUUCUCCGGAGAGACAGCGGCCCGGGAGGGAGGUUGCCGGCGCCCGCCCGCCCGCUGGCCUCGCGGGGUGAGGGGGAAGCAACCUUGCGUGUGGCUGGCGCCUGCUGGGUCCAGACACCCGCCCGUCCGCGCCGCUUCUCCCGCGACAGCUGCGUCCCUGAACCGCGGGGUCGUGUUUGUGUUUGACCUGCGGACACCCGCGGCGGGGCUCGCUGCCCGGGCGAGUGUCGGCAGGGAGGGGCGGCGCGGCGGAGGAAGAGGGAGCGGGAGCCCUGGGAGGCCGGGCGCCGCCAUGGAACUGGGCCCGGAGCCCCCGCAUCGCCGCCGCCUGCUCUUCGCCUGCAGCCCCUCUCCUGCGCCUCCGGUCGAGAAGGCGCUGUUCGGCACGCCAGCCGCCGGGGGCCUGUCGCCUGUCACCAACCUGACGGUCACCAUGGAUCAGCUGCAGGGACUGGGCAGUGAGUAUGAACAGCCGCUGGAAGUAAAAAACAGCAGUCUUCAGAGAAUGGGCUCCUCCGAGUCAACCGAUUCAGGCUUCUGUCUGGAUUCUCCUGGGCCCUUGGACAGUAAAGAAAACCUUGAAAAUCCCAUGAGGAGGAUAAAUUCCCUACCACAGAAGCUCUUGGGGUGCAGUCCAGCUCUGAAGAGGAGCCAUUCUGAUUCUCUUGACCACGACGUCUUUCAGCUGAUGGACCAGGAUGAGAACAAGGAAAAUGAAGCCUUUGAGUUUAAGAAGCCAAUAAGACCUGCGUCUCGUGGCUGCCUGCACUCUCAUGGACUUGAGGAGAGUAAAGAUCUCUUCACACAGAGGCAGAGUUCUGCCCCGGCUCGGAUGCUUUCCGCACACGAGAGAGAGAGCAGUGAGCCAGGGAGUUGCAUCCCUCUGUUUCUGCCCCAGUCGCCUGUGGCUGCCACCUUGUCUGAUGAAGACGAUGGCUUCAUGGACCUCCUCGAUGGGGAGAACCUGAAGAAUGAUGAAGAGACCCCGUCCUGCAUGGCAAGCCUGUGGACAGCUCCCCUCGUCAUGAGAAGGACUACAAAUGUUGGCAAUCGAUGUAAGCUGUUCGACCCCACUUCCUCGUGCAGCUCCGCCACGCGGUCGGUGUUGAAAAGACCAGAACGAUCCCAAGAGGAGUCCCCCCCUGGGAACACGAAGCGGAGGAAGAACACGGCUUGGGCCAGUCCCGCGGAGGCAGUGAGUCCAGAGAAGCGCCAGGAGAUUCUACAUCAGUCUUCAUCCCUGGUGUCUUCCUCAAAAGGGACCAUUGAGAACAUUUUGGAUAAUGAUCCAAGGGACCUCAUAGGAGACUUCUCCAAGAGUUAUCUCUUUAAUACAGUUGCUGGGAAGCAUCAGGAUCUAAAAUACAUCUCUCCGGAAAUUAUGGCGUCUGUUUUGAAUGGAAAGUUUGCCAACCUCAUUAAAGAGUUUGUCAUUAUCGACUGCCGGUACCCUUAUGAAUACGAGGGAGGCCACAUCAAGGGCGCAGUGAACUUGCACAUGGAGGAGGAGGUUGAAGACUUCUUACUCAAGAAGCCCAUCGUGCCUGCUGACGGCAAGCGUGUGAUCGUGGUGUUCCACUGUGAAUUUUCUUCCGAGCGAGGCCCUCGCAUGUGCCGCUAUGUGAGAGAGAGAGAUCGGCUCGGGAACGAGUACCCCAAACUCCACUACCCUGAGCUGUAUGUCCUGAAGGGCGGGUACAAGGAGUUUUUUCUGAAGUGCCAGUCCCACUGUGAGCCCCCCAGCUACCGGCCCAUGCACCACGAGGACUUUAAAGAAGACCUGAAGAAGUUUCGCACCAAGAGCCGGACCUGGGCAGGGGAAAAGAGCAAGAGGGAGAUGUACAGCCGCCUGAAGAAGCUCUGAGGCCAGCAGGGCCGGCGGCAGCAGCCUGAGCCUCCUCCGUCUGCCUCCCCCUUUGCUACAGAGAAACUUGAGCAAAGGGCCGACUCUGUGACAUUGGAGAGGGAGCCUGGGCUUCCUGCCUUACACCUUACUUCCCACACUCCCAGGGUCAGAGCCCAGGGCGCCCCGCCGGCUGCGCCUUUUCGUCCCUGCGUCAGGGCUGCCUCCCCAGGCUGUCACGUGCCCAGUUUCGAGCACCAAGUUGACACGCUCUGCCUCUUCGUCCCCACAGCUGGAGAACCACCUGGGGCGACACCGGGUCCUGUCCCUUCUCGAGGGGAGGGCCAGAAGAGGGAGUGAUGUAGAACAAUGGAAGCGAUGCCGGCCAGAUACCAAAGACAGCCUGGGAAGGAAAUGGUCUUUGUAGGAACCCCUAUCUUUAAUUUAUUCAACCUCAUCAAUCACUUUAUUAUUUUUUUAACUCCUGGAAACUUUUAUUUAACUGCUCUUUAAGUCAAAAUACUGCCAUUUUAUCAUCCCAAGGACUACCUCUGCUUUUAAUUAAAAAAGGGGGGGUGGAGAAGAGGCCGAAUGUGCGUGUGGGGCAGAAGUAGCUCUGUCGCCCCAGGAGGCACUGCGGUGCUGGGCUGCUGCUAUUUAAAGCCAAAGACUGAGACCCUGGUGGAAGCAGGUGCUGGACUCGGCCUUCCUGCCAGGCACGAGCUACGCCUCCAGGACCUACCUCGAAGACCACUGAGGUCUGUUUGGGGUGGGGUGAGACCCCGCUCCCGCCCAGUUCCCUGUGAUGUUGGCUGACAUAGGAGUCAAUGUGGAGAGCACUUGAGGCAGCUUCCAUGGGGCUGCCCCUGGUCAUUGUUGGAAUGGUAGUGUAGGUGUCCCACAGUAGGGGGGCUGGGGUGGGUGGGGGGAUAUACACUGAGUGUUCUAUUACUCUGGUACUCUGGAUAGCUUUUGAUUUUCUAAAAAUAGUGAUUUUAUACGUCAAGGAGUAUCAAAUCAGUGUUGGCUGGCCCAUCCAAGGGUGGGACGAGGGGCUGGAAGCCCUGGGCUUCAGGAGAAAGGCGAGGGUACAAGCAUAGCAAUGAGUGGGAUGUUUCUCAGGAGGCAGCGUGGUGGAUUGUGAAGGUGAAACUCUCGGGUUUAUCAUGUUUUGAUUUGAGGGACAGGGAGUGGUGGAUUGUCACCAAUUGCUUCCUCAUCCAACCCCAGGGCAGUCGGGGGUCUCGAAGGCGCACCCCCUGUCUGUGGAGCUGGGGCUGCCUUGACUGACUGCACAGGCCUGUUCGGUUCUGCUCAUCCCCACCGUCUGGCGCCAGCCCCCUUGCCAUCUCUGCGCCCUUGGGGUGCAGCCAAGUUUGUCCUGUACACAGGAUUGAGUCCCCCUCUUGCCUUGGCUUCCUGUUCCGGAGCUGGGGAGGGAACCGGUGACGCUGGAGCUGACUGGUUGCUGUGUUAAUGGGUUUGAGUUGCAUUUGGCUACAAAACAAUCUUGUUAGAAAAGUACGUGGGGAACGGCGGGAGAGGGAGGAGACCUUUGCCCGCACACACUGAGACAUCGCAGUUGGUCUCUGUAAUCUGGUGUGUAGGGGUUCUGUUCGAAGGCCUGGAAAGGGAGGUGGAAUGGUGUUCAGAUUAUGCCGCUUUGAGAAACAUUGCUAACCGACUGUUGCAGGCUCUGAAAAUAAACCACCAAUCCUGAA